AGAUAUACAAGAACCCUAUCAUGGAUCUACUUGCACUUGUUUAAUAAUUAUAGAUAUUUUAGCUUGAAAAAGAAAAGGCCAGAGUCUAGCAAGCAUGGGGGUAAUGACAAGGAAGAAAUAACACACCCCCUCAAGAUUUUCCAUUUGAUUGUGCUCAAAAACAGAUAUAACAAGUGAUCUGAAAUUGACAAAAUAUUGGUAAUGGCCUCUGUAAUCUUCAGUUCUUAAGGUCUGCUGGGGAUAUUGAGAAGAGUUUGGUCUUUCCAUUAAGCGAGUGAGGAUAUAGUCAUUGACCUUCCUGUCCCAAGAAGGAAGAUGGAUCAGAGAAUAAAAUUUGUUGGCUGUGCCCUGGGCAUCUUCACCUGCUACUUCUACUAUGGUGUCCUGCAAGAGCGAAUAACCAGAGGUUCCUAUGGAAGUGAGCGAUUCACAUACACCCUGAGUUUGGUUUGGACUCAAUGUGUCAUCAACUGCAUUUUUGCUCGGCUCCUUAUGUCGACUGUCAUGCCUCAGGGAGAGGACAAAACCAGGAAAUUCUACUAUGCUGCUUCAUCCCUCACAUAUCUUCUUGCCAUGGUCUGCAGCAAUAUGGCCUUACAGUGGGUCAACUACCCUACUCAGGUGAUAGGAAAGUCAUGCAAGCCCAUACCUGUGAUGGUUCUGGGAGUCCUGCUUGGAAGGAAGCAGUAUUCCUUGCAGAAGUACUUUUUUGUACUUCUCAUAGUCAUUGGAGUUGCCUUGUUCAUCUAUAAGGAAGGAGGUGGGAAAUCUCUGGAUGGAGUUGGCAAUGCCUUUGAAAUCACUGGGGAACUCCUUCUUUUAAUGAGCCUGACCAUGGAUGGAUGCACUGGAGCUGUCCAGGAGAGGAUGAGAGGGGAAUACAAAACAAAAUCCAUGCACAUGAUGUAUUCCAUGAAUCUCUAUGGCAUUGGCUACCUCUCCAUAAGCAAUUGUGUGGGAUAUUCUCCUUUUCUCAAUCAUGUCAGCCCUUGGACAGGUCUGUUUAAAAUACUCAUGUCUCACCUCCCUUGCUUGGUAAGUGGAGAAACAAAUCUCACCACUCUUCAAUGGCAUUAUCUCUUCCAGCUUUUUAUCUUUGUGAGUGUGGCAGACUUUGGACCUUUGCCCUGCUCAAUCAUAACAACCACACGAAAGUUCUUCACAGUCCUUGGCUCAGUCGUCAUCUUUGGGAAUAGACUCAUUCCUCGACAGUGGCUCGGCACAUGCCUUGUCUUUUCU